AUGGAUAAUGCUUCUGCUGUCCGCCUUUUCACUCUCUCAGGACUAAAUGAAACAACACCCUAUAGAGCCACCCUUUUUUCCCUCACUUUGAUUCACUAUUGUGUAAUUUUAUUUGCAAAUGUCUCUCUCAUUAUUAUAAUUGUUUUAGAUUCCAAUCUCCACGAGCCAAUGUAUAUUUUACUGUGUAGUUUCUGUUUUAAUGCGUUGUAUGGAACAGCUGGUUUCUACCCAAAAUUUCUUAUCGAUUUACAAGCUACAUCUCCAGAGAUCUCAUACGAUGCUUGUCUCCUCCAGGCUUUUAUCAUGUAUUCUUUUGCCUGCAGUGAUUUGUCUAUUUUAGCAGUAAUGGCGUAUGACCGGUAUCUGGCCAUAUGCCUUCCUUUGCACUACCACUCUAUCAUGACUAAAAAAAGACUCUCUCAGUUAGUAUGUUUUUCUUGGGUUACUCCGUGUUGUAUUUUUGCUCUCAAUGUUCUGCUCACAUCUCAGCUUCAGCUCUGCGGCACACAUAUUCAAAGGAUAUUAUGUGUGAAUUGGGUGAUAGUUAAACUUGCCUGUCCCAAAGCAAAUACUUUUCCAAAUAGUAUUACUGCAUAUUGUACUAUGUUCAUAUAUAUGGGGCAUGGCUUCUUUGUUGUUUGGACAUACAUGCACAUGAUAAAAACUUGUGUAAGGUCGAAGGAUGACAGAGUGAAGUUCAUGCAGACCUGUGUGCCCCAUCUCACAUCUAUGCUCACUUUUGUUUGUACCAUCCUCUUUGAUUUAAUGCACAUGCGCUUUGGACCGGAAAAUCUGCCACAACAUUUGAAAAACUUUAUUGCCAUUGAGUUUAUUCUUGUUCCGCCAUUUGUAAAUCCUUUGAUCUAUGGGUUUAAACUGACUAAAAUCAGAAACCGAAUAGAGGGUCUUUUCUAUGUUCAAAAUAAAUUACACUUGCCAGCACAAACUGAUGAUUGUUAA